GGCUCUCUAUAAUAACUGUGAAUGUCCCUUCUUUCGAUGUCAGUUAGAGAAGAAGAAGAACCAAUAUACAGUGUAUGAGUCUCUGUACUUUCACAAGCUUCCAAGCUCCAUCACUGCACUCUUCCAAAUCUUUUAGAAUAUUAUUUUCUUUUCCAUCACUUCUUACCCAAUCAUUAUCACCAAAGGACUCUCUUGUGACUGAGAGGUCUCUCUCUCAAGAUUUGAGUAGAGUUUACUACCCUUUCGAUGGAUUACGAGCGAAUCGGAAAGACCCAGGUUACUAGCGGCGGCGGCGGCUUUUCUCCGGGGAAGUUAAGAACUAUGCUUCUCGGUGUUGAUAGAAAGAAUAAACAAGAACCUGGGUCAAAUCAAAUUCUUGACCUUGCUGCUAGUGGAUCAGAUGAUUGCAAAGACGUUGAUGUUGUGACUGAGAUUACUGAUUCUUCCACCGCAUCUCUCUUCGAGUUUCAAAAGGCAGAAAAGGAGAAGACCACUCCAAGAAUGUCCGUUAGAUCAUUCUCUAAACCGGCUCCGUCUAAAUGGGACGAUGCACAGAAGUGGAUCGCUAGUCCGACAGCUAACCGACCCAAGACGGGACAGGUUCAGGCUCAUGCCUCAAAGAAAGGGCCUAGCUUCGGUCGGCAGUCUUCUAUCAAGAUCGUUGAUGAAGAGCCUGAUACAAAGCGAGUAGAUGUAAGCCAAGUGAAGAAGGAGACAGGAGGACACAAGUUUGUUAGCUGGGAAGUUGAUUCGUAUCUCAAACCGGUUCUUAUGGUUGAGAACUCAGCAACUGAAGUUAAUCUCAGCCGACAUGACUCGUCAAUGGCAACUGCGUUUGCUCAACCGCCGCCUUCAACAGCGAGAUCUGUGUCUAUGAGAGACAUGGGAACCGAGAUGACUCCAAUAGCGAGCCAAGAGCCUUCUAGAAACGGGACACCGAUCAGGGCGACGACGCCGAUACGAAGCCCUGUAACUUCUGCACCUUCGAGUCCAGGGAGAGGAGCGUUGAGUAACGAGGAGUUGUCGGAGAAAGAGAUGCAGAUGAAAACUAGGAGGGAGAUAAUGGUGUUGGGAACACAGCUUGGGAAGUUGAACAUCGCUGCUUGGGCUAGUAAAGAGGAAGAUGCUUCCACGUCACAAACUUCUAAGAGUGUUUCUGAAGCUCGUGCGUCCGCGUGGGAGGAGGCGGAGAAGGCUAAGCACAUGGCUAGGUUCAGACGCGAGGAGAUGAAGAUACAAGCGUGGGAGAAUCAUCAAAAGGCGAAAUCUGAAGCUGAGAUGAGGAAAAUGGAGGUGGAGGUUGAGAGGAUAAAGGGACGAGCGCAAGACCGUUUGAUGAACAAACUAGCUGAGAUUGAGAGGAAAGCAGAGGAGAAACGAGCAGCGGCUGAAGCAAAGAAGAAUCGUGAAGCAGCUAAAACAGAGAAACAAGCUGAACAAAUUCGAAGAACAGGCAAAGUACCUUCAUUGUUAUUCUCUUGUUCUAGCUUUUGUUCUUAGUAACCAUAAAAAAUCAAACAAGAACCAUUGAUGUCUUUCUCUCAGUUUUUGUACAAUAAAAUCUUUGUAAAAGUACCUUUUUUUAUUGCCAUCUAUUCA